AUUUCCUCUCCUGGCUGUUCAUCCAUAGCUCUGCGAUCGACGUGCUGGCUGAUCGCGGCUCGUCAUGGCGACGCCGAAGGACGGGGCACGUGGCCUCUUUAGCCAAGGAGUGGAAGCGGUGCUGGGCAGCUGGCCUGUUUUGCAGAUCGCAGUUGAAAAUGGAUUUGGAGGGGCAUACAGUCAAGAGAAAGCUGAAUGGAUGGUGGGGGCCGUGGAGCAGUACUUCCAAAGCAACGCUGACCUGGAACCUGAGGAAAUAGAGGAUUUUCUUGCUGAGUUAAUGAACAAUGAAUUUGACACAGUAGUAGAAGAUGGAAGCUUGGCUCAGGUAAGCCAGCAACUGUGCCUGUUCUUCAACCAGUGCCAGCGAGGAGAUGAAGCAGCAGUGCAUGAAACCAUUGUACGCCUGGCUCAGAAGAAGCAAGAAGCUAGGAUGGCAGCAGCAAAAUCCCAGCCAGCUGAAGCAAGCAGUAGUGAAGAGGAGCCCGAGGAAGAGGCUAUGGAUUGUAAUACCUCUCAGAGUAUAAAUGGACCCCAGCCCAGCCCUCCUCCUUCCACAGAUGCCGAUGCAGAAGAUGGUUGGACCUUAGUAAGGAAGAAAAAGAAAUGAAGUAUAAAGGCAAAACUCUUAGGUCUGCAGGCGUUCUGCUUGGACUGCUGUAGGGAAGUGGAACUGCACGCCUGGAUAUUUCUUUGUGAAGUGUGAAAAGAAGCCGCUUUGCUGGCAGUGUUUUUUUGGUCUCUGCAUAGUGGGCAUACCCACCCCAUGGACCCACUAUCCCUUAUUGUGCACUUUCUGCUCCUGGCAUUUUUGCUUCUAAUGGAGCAGAAACUCUUCUUCAGUGGGCAGGAUCCAGGUCGAAGGGUGUAAAGCAGUUUCUUCUUUGUCAAGUGGAGACCAUUUUCUCCUUCAGCUAUCUUUGUAGGGUUUGAAUACAGUUGCUGCGAGCAGCGGUGCAGGGUGUAUCUCAGUGGAAGUCCUUCCUCCAGGCCCUGCUCAUCUGCUGUCUGGUCUGAAGCAGUAUCUUCAAGAGGGUCAUGACCUUUUCUCGGCCCCUUCAAGAAACAGGCUGACUUUUUUUUAGACAAAAACAAAGCUAGCUUUACCCUCUUCUCUGUCCUACCCCAGGAGGGGGACAAUUAUGUUUUCAUCCUUAUUCAAAAGAAAGACAUGAGUAUAACAGAACAAAAAAACACAAAAUCCUGUAUUUAAAAAAUAAUGGACACUGGAAAACAAAUACAACAAUGGAACUAGAAAGUAAAAUGGACAAUACAUGGAUCUCGGUUGUGGAAAUAGGUCACUUCUAUCCAUAGAAAUGCCCCUUCCCUAACCUUUGUAGUGGCCAGCCACUGUACAUGAAUAACAAUAAAAUAUUAUUUUGGUAAGAUUUUGUA